CUCAACAGGUACCAGCAGGUCUCUCCCCAGGUUCUGCAAUCAGCCGUGGAGAUGGCGUUUGUCCCCGAUCUGGACAUACUGGAGAGAAGCAGCCUGAAUGAGGAGACGUUUUAUGGCCCUGACUGCCUCUGCCUGCAGAAGAAACCACAACUGGACUUGGAAGUUGCAUCUCCUGGGGUGGGCAUCCAGGUGACAGUGACCAAGGGACACCCAGCCAGGACCUUUCGCCAGGCUGCUGUCCUUGUGGCGGCUGUGACCAAACCAGCACACAAGGAGUUUGCUGACAGUGACCUUGGGGACUUCCUGGAUGAUAUUUUUGAGCCCGUCUCCUUCCAGCGGAUUAAUGGCAGCUACGCUGGAGCACCCAUCUAUCGCUACACCCGCUCCCAGUCCUUCGACAUCCUUGAUAUUGACCAGAAGUGCUUCGUGCUGGAGUCACCCACUCAGCUGGUGGCCCUGCACCUGCAGGGACCCUCUGCUGGGCGGAAAGUCAAGCUCAACAUCGCUCUGUACCGUCCUCAGUCAUCACAGGGUGGCCCAGGGACUGGGCGGAUGCCAGUGGCACUGGGCAUCAAGGGCUACCAACUCUACAUGUCGUGUGUGAUGAGCGGUGCUGAGCCCGUGCUGCAGCUCGAGGAAGCUGACGUCAGGAGGGACAUUGAGAGCGUGGAGCUGACCCGCUUCAUCUUCUACCGCCUGGACAGCCCAGCCGAGGGCACCACACGCUUCGAGUCGGCUGCCUUCCCUGGCUGGUUCGUCUGCACCUCCCUGCAGCCCCGCCAGCCCGUCAGCAUCACCAACCAGCCCGACCAGGUCAACAUCGCCACUUAUGAGCUGAGCAGGCACUGAGGAGCCCCUGCUCCCAACCCAACCCAACCCAACUGGCAGUUGCUGGUUCUCAGGCCGUAUGUACCAAGUACAGAUCCCAGUGGGACCCCCCAUCCGCUCCAUCUAUUUCAGGUGAAAUAGCAUCUCUGGGCCCUGUUGGCCCGACCCACCCCCAUUUGUACUUAUUUAUUGUGGAUAUCCAGUGUUUUUGUCCUUAUUUAUUGUGUAACACCUCUUGCUUUUAACUUAUUGUAUAUUUUAUUGGAAAUAUUGUGGUUUUGUUCUCUGGAAUUUGUUGGUAAUGGAGGUGGAAAUAAAAGGUUUCUCAGA